AGGGCUGAGGAGGGAGAGAGGUAUUUUAGCCUCUCCUCCACUCGUGUUGCGUCGUACUUCGAUGCAACUCAUUGAAAAAAAGAGAAGCGGUAGAAAGAGGAAAGGGCCCCCGUUGAGGUCUCAUCUCGUGUUGUGGUGGUUGCUGCUCUCCGCAGAUCUAUCAGAGGAAGAGAUGCGAUGCGGCACAUAUCUUCAACCUCGCCGAAUAAUAAGGAAAAAAAAAUAUCUCGUGAGUGCGCACGGUUCACCCACACACGCACAGGCACACUUGUCUUUCCCUAUAGACGCUUAGUUAGACUGAUAGAUUGGCUCGCCGUUCGAAGGAGUACGUAGUGCCAACAAAGACGCCAAAGAACACCAACUCCACACUUGUAUUCUGAUAGGAUUCAAGGCAUUUUUGUAUUCCCAUUGCUUAGAAGAAAGCUAACGGACUCCAUGAGCACGCUUGCCACCUCCUCUGACCUCGGCGCCAUCCAACAGCUCGAGGCACUCUUCCACAGCGCCGAUCCCACACGAACAGGCCUUCUCUCGUACAGCGAGUUCGCCUACCUCAUCCUAAAAAGCGGCGGCUCACCGGAGCAGGUGGAUGCCCUCAUCGACCAAUUCUCCAUCGCCUCGCGAGCGCAGCGCAUGGUCUGCUACGCAGCACUGCUGCAGCAUCUAAGCGACUCGGUAAAGGGAGGACCAUCGCAUUCGCAGGACACACAGCCGACUCAUGCAGCCGGUGUCACCGAGCACUCCCCGCUGCCCGUGCCACCACCGCAGGCAUCGCUCCACACGUACGUCAACGUUUCUACCUCAGCGUUGCCGGCUGUCGCAGCUGCCGGGGAGAGACGCAGCGCAUCCUCCGCGUAUCCUUCCAACCGAACCUCUGCUCCUACCCAGCGCAUGGCAACGUCGUCAUCACCGCUGCUGCGAUCUGUCACACACGCCGGCAGUCGCGGUGGUUCUGCCGCCUCGCGGGAAUCCUCGAUCGCCUCCAGCGGUCCUUUUGAACGGCGACAGCAGUCUUUCAGCGAUGGGCAGCAGCGUCGCAGCAGCAGCACGAGUGGUUCGCCGUGGACGCCGCUCCAGCCGAGCUCGCGUUUUGUGGCCUCGGUGGUGCGCACUGCACAGCUGCAGGGGACGCCGGGAGGGCGAAGAGGGAGAAGCGACGAAGGAGUUGGAGCUGCUGCGCCUGUUUCGCGAUCGCGAAGCAGCACACCUUUGCCGGGACGCAGCCCACAGGAGUGGUCGGGAAUCAAUGUGGCGGGGCACCACGAGAAGCGUCAGGCGUUCGUGCCUGCCCGUCUAGACCAGGAGUUUAAUGAGCACACCGGCGCACAGCCACGUGUCUCCCCUGCACGCUCGUCCCCGUCGCGGUCCCGCAGUCGGGAGGACUCCGUUGUGCGGAUGACGCGCGCCGCGAAAGAUGCGCAGGCCCGAAAGGGCAACCACGUGAACGCACCAGCACUUCCGAAGAACUCUCAACUUUGGAAGACUCCGAGCGGCGGCGUGCCGCUCCGAGACAGCUCCAACGCACUCACCGCACCGCAACCCACGGCGGACUCUUUGCUCUUGUCCUCCUCACGGAACGCACACAUCGUGGAGGGCAAUGCACGCCAACACGACAGCGUGCUCCCCUCCGCGUCGGUCACCGCCAAUGCAGCGCUGCUCUCGCUCCGAGAUGUUUUCCACCGCAACGUCCUUCCUGCCGCGGCGGCGAAAGACGGCACGGUGCUGCUGAGUGAAUUAGAAGGAGUCUUCGCCGCGCACGGUGUAGAGGUGCACCCGCUGGAACUGGAGGCGGUGGUGGACUCUCUCGAGCUGCUGCCCGACAACACACCAACGAGUGCACGCUCAUCAAACGUGGACGGUGGCACGCACACGCAAUCCGGCGUCCACCACACCUCCUCCUCCUUCUCCUCCUUUGCGACGACGGCCGGCAACAACACAACCGUUACCGGCGGCGCGGACUGCGCGCUGGGGCUCGUGGACUUUUGUGUGUUGGUGUCGCGUCUCCGACCGGGUCUCAUACAGCGCAUUCGCCGCCCGGCAACGUGGAAUGCGCCUCCGCGAAACGUCGAAAUGGGUGUGGUGCACAAUGGUGGUUCAUUGGGCACCGCCGCUGCGGUUGACGUAGCGCGCCAACGCGUGCAGGAGACAACCACAGCGCUGCCACGCCGUAGCGUAGGUCACACCGUGCUUGACGGCGAUGCAGUGGAGGAAGGAAGCGGCGGGGAAAGCGAGGAGGCGAGCAUUGCUGAUGUGACAGUGUCGCCCAUGACACCGACGACCGCCGGCACCACACCGCAGUCCCACCGCGGCUCUUCGCUGCAGCGCCGUCCACAGCUGGACGCACCGUCACGUCCGUCGUCGGCCGUGGUAGAUUCGCGCGGCCCUCUUUCGCUGCGUCGCCAACCUCUGUACGACACACCAAAUGGCUCAAGUCGCUCUUACCGAACUGUGUUUCAAGAUGCUGCCCCGACACCACCGACGGCGCGACAGCUCUCGUCCGACAGGCAAUUCAGCGUGCUGGACGAGCCGCACGCGACGUCGGCGCGGUCAUCCCCGCGGAACGGCGAGGCGCAGCGCGCCGGUUAUGCGCUCUCCACAGCCUCUUCAGAGCGGCACCGACGCUCCCGGGUGCGCACGUCGCCGUCGCCGUCGGCGACAACACACGGCGAAGCGGCGGGGUUGCAGAGACGAAGGAAAGAGCCGGUGUGGCACACGGAGCCGAACACCGUCAGCCGGCAGGGCGCGACCAGGGCAACUUGCACCAACCACGCCGCACCCCGACGGGUGAGUGUCUCCAUCAGCAGCUCUCCCACUCCGCGCCGGCGCGAGAUGGAACACAGAAGGACGCUCUCGCCUCUUUCAUCGUCUUCACCAUCUCCCUCCUCCUCCUCACCGGGGUAUCCUCAGGAGCGCGAAAUGGGAGUUCACGCAGGCGGCUGGAAAGCACCAACGCUUUCGCCAGACUUGCUGGACACGGUACAGAGCGCGGCUUCCACGAUGCUGCGGCGCUGCACCCAAUUGGACACCCGCCACACGGGUUAUGUCCCUGCACACGCGUGGGUGCACGUGCUACGUAGCAGCUGUCCUUCCCUGACGGGUGGUGAGCUGCGGAAGGUGGAGGAGUGGGUAGCGAGGAUCCGUCAGCGCCACGCAUGCACGCGAGGAGACGCGUACGCAGCGGUGGUGGAGGAGAUCCUCACGCAGGGAAGCAACGCAGCAGCAGCAGCAGGAGGAACCCCAUCCCCGUCUCCGUCACACGUAGUUCCCUCUUCUGCCUCUGCCACCCCUGCACCCACUGCAUCAGCUGGUGGUUCAUUGCAGCGUCUUUCUCCACGCGCCGCCCCGCACGUGCGAGGCGACGACAGCGCAGGGGCACACCGGCGUCUUCGUGACGAGCUCAUGGCAGCUUGCGGCGGGGACACCGAAGCUUUGCAGGCGUACCUGGAUGCGUUUGAUGCGGCACACCAAGGCUACCUACAUGAGCACGUCUGGCGCGCCAGUCUGGAAGAGCUGUUUCGGCGCACCACGUCCCGUACGGCGCCGCGGUGGGUGCUGGAGGAAAGUUAUCGGCUGUCGCGACUGCCCUUUGACCGUGUUGCUGCACAGGAGCAGGGUGGAGUGGCGGUGCGGCCUCAGUCGGCAGCGGAGAGGGCCGCCUGCGCCCGCGUGCGCCGCAUUCCCACCGAAAUGCGAGAUGCAUUUUGCGAUUACCGUUAUGUUUUGCAGGAGCUGCACCUCGACGCGUCGCUGUAG